GUGUCACUCUCAUCAGUCAGCAGUGCUUGCGGGUGUGAUAGCGGGAGGGUUCGUUGGCUGUGAAGGCGUCAACGAGCCCAGUGCCCCAAGUCCCAAACGGGGAGCCGCACGCCGCCGCCGCAGUCGCCGGCCCCGCUUCGUCUCCGGGGCGCUCUGGUGGCCUCUGGGACCGCCGCAGCGCCUCCAGCACGGUCCAUCUCCAGUACAAAGUGAGCACCAGAUCUUUGCUUCAUAAUCUACUCACCGACAUCCUCUCUGCUGUGUGCGGCUCGGCUCACAAUGGUCGAUUCCACGAUACACCAUACGCCGACACCGCCGUCAUGGAGCGUCGUCGAAUUCACGUUUUCCGAUGGGACACCGAUAUGGAGCUCAUCAUCAUGGGCAACAAGACAUGCUUCAUCGUGCGCUCAACCGAAGCGUACUUGGCCGACUCGCCUCAGUUGCAAGAGAGAUACCUGUUCCUUCUUGAAGUCGCUCGAAACUUUGAGCUAGAUGGCCAUACUGUCGAGGACUUGUACGACUGGGCUGUUGAGCCGGUGCUCCCUGUUUUCAGGAUCAUACAGCCGCCAAUGGGAGAAGAGCCGUCGUUUCUGCACGAGUAUCUCUUUCCAACGACCCUGGCAUACACUCUUCGCGCGGAUUCUGGAAGACUCACAGCAGUUCCGGACGAAAGGGAGAUACGGUCACGAUUCGGUGUCGUCUUGCCCGUCGACUCAUUUUCCACGUGGCCGUGUUUUCAUCCUCGCGAGAUACAACUCGUCCCUCCAUGUUCUCCGGCGAUUGGCCCGCCUCCAUCUCAGACACCCAACAAAGUAUUGAUGAGCGAUGGGACGGUCGCAUUCUUGAAGCUUAUUCAUCAGGGUGAGAAGAGCAUUCUCAAGCGAGAAUUGGAGACCUACGCCAAAUCAAAGCCAGUCCCAUCCGCGACACGCUGCCCAUCUCGCGUCUCCAAGGACUAGUCUGGGAUGGGAGCAGCUGCAUCUACGGACUUCUCCUAACCUACAUCGACUGCAAGUGCGUCACGCUGGCUUGCGCCGCUUCCAAAGCGGACACGCCUGGUUCUCUGCGGGAGAAGUGGACAGCUCAGAUCCAAGAUGCGGUCCACGAACUCCACGGCGCGGGGAUUGUUUGGGGCGACGCGA